AUGGCGGACCUCUUUCGCAGCAAAGCAGUAGCCGCAGCCCUGGGCCUGCUCACACACUUCGUUGCAAACAGCGGAGAAUGGGAUCACCAUGCUCAUCUUCUGGUAUCAGGCGGGCCUCUACUUUUCGGCGCAUUGGUAGCUUUCGAAUAUGUGGCCGAUCCUCUGGUGGGCUCUUACUCCCAGGCUUUUCAGGUCGUGGCAACAGCGGCAGCAGUGUACCUGGGAACAUUGACGGCAAGCAUCAUCAUUUACCGCGCGUACUUCCACCGGUUGGGAAAGGUCCUUGAGACUCUGACUCCUAUUGUGAAGCAGCAGUACAACACCGAUAUCGUUCGCACAGGGCCUCGCGAACUCAGUGUCGCAAGCGCGGAAGCGAUUCCUCUCAUCUACGGACCCAUGUCCAAGUGUAGAAAGGGAGUCUGGUAUAGUGGUUCUUACCACAUCGAGGGUGCUUCGUUGCAGAGCACACGUAACCAUCAAGACCACAGAGAAAGACGCAAGGCUUGGGAUCGCGCCUUCAAUGCGAAAGCUCUGCGCGACUACGAGCCUCGCCUCAACCGACACACCCGUGUAUUUGUCGAUAAGCUGAAGGAGCAUGUCAAGGAGUCGUCUGUCCGCAUCUCGAGCUGGAUCGGCUUUUACGCCUUCGAUGUUAUGGGCGACAUUGGAUACAACCGAGGUUUCGGUAUGCUUGAGAAGGGGGAAGAGGAUGAAAUGAUUGAGCUUGUUCACAAGAGCAUGGCUCCUUUGAGCAUCUUUGGGCAUAUUCCGUGGAUCGUUGGGAUCAUGUUGCGGACGAGCUUUGGGGCAAAGGACUUGCUCAAUUUCAUGAAGCUUACGCAAGAUAUUCUCAUGGAGCGGAAGAAAAUCACUCCAACCGAGCCUGACGUGUUCAGUCAUCUCAUCGACGAGACGGCAGAAGAAAUACCGAAACAGCUGAAUGCCGAUUCUCGUCUCAUGAUGGUUGCGGGCUCAGACACUACACACGCAACUCUCACCUGGCUUAUCUGGGAACUCUGCACACACAAAGAUGCCCAGGCUAAGCUUUGCAAGAUCACUGACGACCUUGUACCCGAGAAAUCCUUCCUAGACGUCGAUGAUGUCAAGGAUUGUCCACAUCUCGACGGCGCCAUCAACGAAUCUCUCCGCCUCCACCCAGCGGUACCCUCAGGAGUAAUGCGCGAAACGCCCGCGGCAGGGAUAACACUGCCUGAUGGUACCUACAUCCCCAGCGAAACGACGAUCUGGAUGCCCAUUCACACCAUACAACGAGACGGGCGCUCCUUCUCCGAGCCUCUAAAGUUUAUGCCUGAGCGCUGGACUGACGAAGCCCCGGAGUACGUCAAAGACAAGCGCGCUUUCAUUCCCUUUUCAGCUGGAGUGUACAACUGCGUCGGCCAAAAGCUUGCUAUGAUGGAGAUGCGUGUCGUGGUGGCGAACUUGAUGAGAUGGUUUGAGAUUGACUUCGCCGGAGACAUGGGUGAGGCAGUAGUGAAGAAGUCGCGGGACGCUUUCACGCUCAGUGUGGGUGCGCUGGACGUGAAGCUUACGCCGAGGUAUAAGAGCUAG